AUGUUAAUCUCGCUCUUCUGCCUCCCUCGGUCUCUAUCGGAACUCUCACUUCAUCACAAGUCGUCUCGGGUGGCGGCCAAACGGGUGUGUUUUCAGCCCCCCUACCCUCUUAGCAUCCUUGUUCAACUGCUCUGCUCAUGCCCCGAUUGGAAGGGCCUGGGAUUUUUGUCCGGCUGUCAUGCCAACAAGACGGGAUUUUUUGAGAAAACCAAUUCUUGCGCUACUCGAAGCAACAAGACGGCCAGGUCACAGUCGACAUUUUAA